GCAAUAGAUUGAUUUUGGCUUUGUGAUUUACUUUUAACAUUCAUAGAUUGUCAUUGAAUCAAUUGAGUCAAGGGAAAAAAUGAACUUGCAUAAUGGCUCAAUUCAAAUAACAGAAUUUUUUAUCGGAGGCUUUGAAAAGGUAGAAAGACAAAUGGAAAUAGGUUUUGUGAUGUUAGUUGUUUAUGUUUUAAUAAUUGUAGCUAAUACACUCAACAUAGUCUUUAUCAUUUUAGACAAGAAACUACACAAACCAAUGUAUCUUCUGAUUUGCAAUUUGGCUGUUGUUGAUAUACUGAUUAGUUCAAGUUCAUGCCCAACUAUGAUUGGUGUAUUAUUGGCUGGUGCGAAUACGAUUUCCUAUGCGGCAUGUUUGAUUCAAAUGUUCAGCUUUCAGGUAGCUGAAGCGAUGGAGAUGUUUGCUUUAGCUGUUAUGGCUUUAGAUCGCUUGAUUGCCAUCUCUUUUCCACUAAGGUAUCAUAGCAUACUAACAAAUGCUCGUACCAUAGCCAUAACAUAUUUCCUUUGGGUCGCUGCCUGUGCCUUUGUCACUCUUAUGCCUGUGCUUUUGAUACCAAUUCCUUACUGUUUUAACCGGUUACGCUACUCUUUCUGUGAUUACCCCGCCAUUAUCCGAACCUCUUGUCAUGAUCCUAAACAUUUUUUUAAUUUGGCCACCAUCGUAUGGUACUUUUUAUUAUUUUUCACCUUUAGUUUCAUUUGCAUAUCUUACGCGUGUAUUAUAUCCGUUGUUUUGAGGUCGUCUAAGAAUGAGAGUAGAAAGGUGCUCGGUACAUGUUUGAGUCAUCUGAUUGUGGUGGUGUGUUACUAUGUGCCAUUGUUUAUGGGUAUUGUUUUCACCAGAAUCGGCCUGGUAUUGACGCUGGAGGAACAACAAGGUUUAACGAUCGGGGCCAUUCUUGGGCCAUCUCUUGUAAAUCCCUUUGUGUACUGUUUAAGAACUAAAGAAAUCAAAAAUAAGUUGUUUGGUAUAUUCAAGAAAGUGAAACCCAUUUAGAGGGAAUAUAUAUUUCAAUCAGAGGUGGGGAACUCGAGUUACAUGACUUUGCAAAUUGGAGAACUUGAGACUUGCUUCACAGAAUGUCAAAUAUCAGUUAGAUUCAGUUAGGCUGUCAAGUUUUCCUAAUGUUGAAAAAAAAAUUCCACCUUUCAUGACCACUGCCUUUUAACUGAUUUAAAUGUGGAAGGUAGAUCAUCAGAAUUUCAUAUGACCUGCCUUGUUGGACCUGAGCAAUAACCUGACUUGCUUUCGAGCAGGGACCCAACCUGACUUGCUUGAUUCUCACCAACUUCAUGUCAUUUAGGCUAGUCAGAUUUGACACUUUAUUUUUCUUGUUAGGUAGCAAACCGUCGGUUUAUAUUAUU